CUCCAGCGAUCCAUGGCAUGAGUCUUAUGAUCAGCUAAUGAUCUUUAGCUCUAAGACAGUCAAUUGUCUAAUGCUUCCGCCAGAGGGCAUUGUAAAUGCUAACGUGGGAUUUCAAGCAAUGUCCAUGUAAGCAUCCGCUUGAUCUGGAGGGAUUGGGGAGUACAAAUGUUUUUAGGUGUUUUGAAGUGACAUUGUCAGUCACUAUUUAGUGUGUUGUGCCUAUAAAUCUACUAAAAAGGGUGUGAGCACGAGACGUGAUCAAGAAUUAAGAAUGUCUCAUAAUGUUAAAGUGUGUGACAUCGGUGAUGAUGUGAAAGAAGCUCUUAAAAAAUUCAGAUUCCGUAAGAGUGUGGAUAAUUCUGCUUUGAUUUUGAAAGUGGAUCGGGAAAAACAAAUAAUUUGUAUCGAGGACUGUAUAGAGGAUAUUAGUGUUGAUGACUUGAGAGAGACCCUGCCCGGACAUCAACCACGUUUUAUAAUAUAUAGCUACCGAAUGGAACACGGUGAUGGCAGAGUUUCAUACCCAAUGUGUUUUAUUUAUUUCACACCUAGAGAUAGUCAAAUAGAGCUGCAAAUAAUGUAUGCUGGGACCAAACUGGCCCUCCAAAAAGAAGCAGGCUUAACCCGUGUGUAUGAAAUUCGUGAACUUGAUGAGCUCACAGAAGAUUGGUUAAAGGAGAAGUUAAGGAAGUGAAUUACAAUGAGAUGACAGGUUGUAACACUUAAUUCAUUUAAACAAGACAGUAACAUACAUGACACAGGUAACUUAUCUCUAAUACUUUUUGUAUUGUUGCCUUAGCCUUGUUACUGUCUUGUUGCUGAAUAUAAGUGAUAGGCCAGAUUUUGGUAGUUUGACAUACUUUUAACAUUGGCAUGUUUUACAUUCCAUCAGUUCAAGGUAAAAAUUUAUUGCACUAAGUUUCAAAUACAAGUAACAAUGUUAUGUCAGACACAAAUUUUCACAGGUUAUGCUAUGUGUACAACUGGAAGAAAAGGGAGGGGGGAUUUUUGAGAUGCAACGUUUGGGAACAUGUAAACAAAACAAUACAUCAAAAUCUAAAUAACAAGGACACUGGACAAUUGAUAAUACAACUUGAUGAUGCUUCCAGAAAUAUCUUGUGUAGUUGUGGAUGUUUCACGUUGUGAUCAAAGAGUAUAUCAUUCUGCAAGAAAAUUCACGAGAGUCAAUAAUGCAAGUCAGUAGCAAUAAGUCCUUAACUGAUACAAAUUACAUAUUCACAAGUUAUGUUUAAAUGUUACAAGCGGAUUUCUACCCAAGAACACAUGGCCCAAUAAAAUAUUAAAAUGGCAGGAAAUUUAAUAUUUAUAUUAAUGUUUCAGGAAGAGACUGAAAUAAUAAAAUGCAGUGAGAAAACAGACAAUUCUCGGGAGGGGAAGAGAGUUUGCCUGCCAUCAUUUCAUAAUGAUAGAUUCUUUGGCAAUUCUAAAUCUUAAAUCCAAUAUACGUCAUGACAAAGCAAGAACCAAAGUUAUGCGGGUCAACUAUUUAAAAAGUCAUUUUCACCUUGAAUUCAUUUACUUUUUAAUUUGGUGUAAAUAAAUUUUGCAUUUAAUUACAGUUCCUAAUUUAGUUAACUUUCUACUGGAGGUACUGCUUACUCAAAGUUCAAAGAGAAAAUUUUGGAUUAAUAAGCUUUAAUAAUAAUAAUUGUACAAUAAUAUUUCUGAUCAUAAAGUUUUGUAAGUGCCAUGGUAUAAAGUGCCAUAGCAUCGUGGAGAGUUGCAUACAAUAUAAUGUAUUUUCUGUAAAUUGACCAACUUACAAGUACAAAUAGAAUUGUGUGGUUAUUUAUACUAUUCUGCAUACUUUUUGACGAGCAGGUCUCGUAAGAAAAUAAAUAAAAAAAAAUUGCUAAAGAUAAUAAUUGAAUUUUAUUAGUUUGGUGCCAUAUGAUUUAUUUUGCUGUAAGUUUGGUAUAUCUAGACAAAUAAAACAAAUAAAAUCUG